AUGCCACCGCAAGUUGCAGCUCGCGUAGCGUCACCGUCAGCUACCAUGGUUUCACAAACCAAAGGGCGGAUAGAUAGUAGUACCACCAAGGAAAAGACUGAUAAAAAGACUGCUGCUGCUGCUGCGGACGAAAAGCUCGGCUGCCAUGGUGGCCGGGUGAAGCACAAGAGACGGUUCUGUCGAAUAGACGGAUGUGAACGGAUUGUCAAGUCACAAGGGCUGUGCCAACGCCAUGGCGCCAAGCCUCGACUGUGUAAGGUAGACAAGUGCACCAAACAGGCUCAGGGAAAUUUUGAUGGAAUGUGUAAAUCCCAUUUCAAAGAGCACAAGCGAAAGACAACUCCCAUCCCAGCUGUACAAAACAAUCCAACAACGCCUCCAGAACCCACAGGAUCGUCCGUCUACGAUGGAGUUCUGCCGUCCUCUGUAGAUUUCUUUCCGAAUUUACGAGUGCCUCAACACACGCGAGGGAAAAUGCCUUUGGUGGAUCACCUAGCAGAAGGCUUCCACGGAGGCAAACCACCCGCUUGGCAUCGCAAUGAGGAACGCAAAGCAAGAGGACUCCUGCCCGUUGACAACCCCGCAACCCAGCUCGAAGGAUGGGAGCGUGAAUUGGUCUGGAUGGAAAUAUUGGUCUUGACGGGAGUUCCCGAAGUGAGUUUCCGACACUUGGCGAGGGCGUGGGGACGCGACAAAGGCUUUCAUAUGGUAUUGGCUCAAUUCAUUUGCGAGAGACACGGAGAUGUCCAACGAAAGAAACGCAAACGUGACGAAGACGCCAGUACAGUGUCGCACGAUCAUUCAAUAGCAGCAAUCCACAAACGAGCAAAUGUUGCCGUGGUCAAGACUCCUCCCGUCACAAUCGUGACGGCUACUGCACAAUCAUCAGUCGUCAAGGCAGCCGCCAGCUUGGAAGAAUUGAAAGCUGCCAAGGUGGCCAUGCUGUCUCCGGAGCGCAAGAGACAAAUUGCAACCAUCCUGAGGCGUCGUAGUAGUGGUACCACCACCGGAUCUCAACAACAACAAAAACUCACUGAUGAAUCCAUCGAUGAUGAUCAACUCUUGUCUGUUGGAGCCAACCUGUGGGACGAUAAUUGGUAUGGCGACGCCAAUUACAACGAUGCUUUGGCAGCGGAUCUCUUCAAUCUGACUCCGCAAGAAUCGGCAUUGCUGAAAACGCGCUUGUCUAGUAGUGGAAAGCAAAGGCCGGACGAUGAUUCUAGCAUGCACAGCGCCAUUAGUGGACUAUCCAGAUCGGUUGCUUCCGGAAAGAACCUGGUGCCGGGAGGAGGCAAAGAUGUGCUCCAGCAGGUUCAUGUUUUGAAGAAGCGAGACUCAAGCACUUCGCUAGUCAGCAACAUUAGUAGCACGCAAAUCCCAAACACUGUUGCGGUAGAGAAAAAACCUCCCAUCGAACGGAAUGGAUCUGAUACGUUUGAUCUGUCCUUGGAUGGUGGGCGGCAAACAGGCAUUAGCCCCAUUCCGCCCCAACAGCAACAAUACAAUGGUCAAGGAAGGAACGACGGUUCCCAGAAGCAGCAUACACCGACCAACCACUUGCAGCAUCAAAGUACGUCUCCUCCCAAAACGCAACAAAAAGGUACCAGCCAGCAGCAACAAGCUCAACACUACCAUCCGGGUAGCGAGACAACUGGAGGAUUGGCUCCGCCACCAGCACAGCCGGUGGCAGCACCCACCCAACAGAUGCAGCCGCAGCAGUCUUUUGGGUCUCAGGCCUCAAAUCCACAACAUCUGCGCGACUCGUCACAGGAGCAGUACAUUGCCAAUCACCAACAGACCGCGCCUCAAGUCCAACAGCAAUUUCAAACCGCACAACAGCAGUAUGCCAAUCAAACCGCACAGCCAGUGCCACGUCAAGUCCAGCAACAAUAUGCUCAGCAAAUUCCCCAGCCAGCGGCUCAGACCCAGCAACAAACUCAGGUGCAACAGUACCAAGCACCAGGGUCGCAUCAUGUUGAGCACUUACCUCAACCGGCGUCUCAUGUACAACAGCAAAACCAGUUGCAUCAUCCGGGACAUCACUUUGCGGCAGUACCAGUGCCGACGCCGCAAGGCCAGCAGGUUUACGCUUCACCAGCACCGGCGCCGGAUCCUCAUGGCCAGCAGCUGUACGCCUCGCCAGUGCCAGCGCUGGAUCCUCAAGGACAGCAGCUGUAUGCCUCACCAGUACCGGCACCAGCUCCACAAGUGCCAGUUCCAGCGCCAGCUCCUCAAGGACAGCAGCUGUAUGCCUCGCCAGUACCGGCACCAGCUCCACAAGUGCCAGCGCCAGCUCCUCAAAUACAGCAGCUGUAUGCCUCUCCGGCACCAGCUCCUCAGCUAUUUGUUGCACAAGCAGCCGCGCCUCAUUCUCUGCAGCCAGUUGAGAACAGUGUGCAUGCUACACAGGCUCCCCAAGCUCACCAGCAGCAACAACAUCAGUACAUUCAACCCGCAGCUCAGGGUCAGCAUCAAUAUGUUAGCCAAUCUCAACCGACAACACACCAAGUCCACCAAGUUUCGGGGCAAGCCAGUCAUGGUGCACCUGGCGUGAACCAAGGACGGUUGUACAGCCAGAAUCACCAACAGCUUCAACCAGGCCAGCAGGCGCAGAACGCACAGGGAUACUGGCGCCCUGGACAGACCACUCACGGACAGUCUGGACAAGUUGACCAACACGCUGAUCACAGUCGUCACCAGCGGCAGCACAGCCAGCAGGGGAUUCCUUUGCACGGGAAUCCUCAAUCGAAUGGGUAUUAUCAGUACCCUACUGUUCCGCAACAUGCCCAUCCUAUCAGUAAUAGCCAGCCUGGUGCAGCCUCACAGCAAUAUCAAACGCCGCACGCACAAGCUCAGCAACCCCACGGUCAAGGUCUGCAAACUGCAACUAUGGUCGCGAACACUCAUUUGGCUACUGCUGGCACGGCCUCAGUCCCGCAAAACAAUCAGCAGCAUCAGCAAAACGGCGCCUUAGAAGCACGCCCAAACCAGCCAUUCAUGCAUACGCAUUAUGGCCAGCCUGUAAACAAUCAGGCGUCGGGUGCAAGCAACCAAAACCAGGCCGCUUCGACGCAAGGCUCCACGGUGACACCGGGACUCGGUCCCACUCAACGCACGUCAACAGGGACGAAGGAACAGCUGCAUGAUUAUGACCACCGCAACGAACAUAUGCAACCGGCAGAAGAGAAUCACGCCAUGGACGAGGAUCCUUCGCACGAUCAACACGACUACGGCAUUGAGGUUGUUCACGAGGACCACGACCACGAUCACCAGCAUUCGAAGGAAGAGGUCGUUGGCUUCCACCAAGCUGCAGCAAGCGAUACAAUGAACAACUCGCAACCUAGUUACCAUCAUGCAUCUGUUCCGCAUGCCGCCGCUGAUCUCGUUCAGAACGAAGCCGGAUCAACCGGUAUCUUUCACACGCAACAGCACCCCGAUCCAGUUGGUGGCGGGCAGGUCGAACAAGCUUAUCAGGCCUGGGCUACCAAUGGAGCCAAUGCUGUCCCAGGCGAGGGCCAGGCAACUGUACAGCAUGCCCAAACCGCUCAUCCGCCACCUCAAAUGCAGCAGCAGUUUGCAUCGCAUCCGGGGUACAGUCAGGUGCGUCAGGAUGGAAGUGGUAUGCAAAUGCAAGCGGCGCCGGAGUAUCAAACACAGCUACAUCAGACGAAGCAUGAUAUAGCGACUUAUGCGACAAACAACGCUGGUGUUGAGCAGGCGGGGCCGUUGCAAGCACCCGGCCAUGUUUCACAGCAAACUCAGCCUGGCAGCCACUCUCCACAACAGCAAUAUCCAAGCCAAUACCAACAAGAUUUUCAACAGCCUCAACAACAGCAUUACUCUGCACCAUCGCAGAAUCAGCAGCUUCAAACAACGUACCAAACGCAGGGCCAGAACGAAAUAGAAGGAAACUCGUCGCAGCCUUUGUCGAGACAAACCUCAGCCAGUCACCAUAGCGAGUAUCAGCAAGGCAGCUUGUCGCGACAGACCUCUGCAGGUCACCAUAGCGAGUAUCAGCAACCGCAAGGCAGCAUUUCACGACAGACCUCUGCGAGUCACCAUAGCGAGUAUCAGCAACAGGGGCAGACAUGUCCACCUCUCUUUGAAGCGCAAGGGGAUCAAGAUGUAAGCCAACAGAACCAUACCCACAUUCAAAACCAAACCGGUCAUGUGACCCAACAACAACAGCAACCAUAUUGCUCGGCUCAAGACAUGCUGAGCGCCUUUGAUAACGAGCACCAGCAUCCAGGGCAAAAUGCCGCGCCGACUAACUUUGAGAACCAGCAGCAAGGGCAAGUGAGUGCUCCUGAUCCUCUACAAGAGUAUGAACAGGAGGCCUUGUUCGAAUUGCCGUACACGACUGCCGCAACUGCCAGCCUUCAACAAGCAGGCGAUCCCGGACAAGGCGGGCCUCAGGCUUGCCAAGAAGGUGUUCGCCAGCCUGAAACAACAACCGGUCAAUACAACGAUCAGCACUCUGGCGAACAAGUGAACCUCUUUAGUGGCUCUGGUGACGGGCAAGCAGUGUCAAACUCGGACCCAACCAACUUGUCUCCGGACUACGGGCAACAUCAGCUGACACAGCAAGACCAGACACAACAGCAGCACGAUCAGCAACAAGCGCAGGCUGUAUUGCAUCAGCAGCAGCAUCAGGUAGAGUACAACCAGCAGCAUCACCCAUAUGAGCAGCAAGAUCAGACGCGAUACGAGCAACAUGAGCAGACAUUGAAUCAUCGAGGACAGGCGAAGCUGGAAGGCCAAACGCAACAUGCCGAACAACCGCGAACACUAGACGAGACGCAACAGGACCAGCACCCCCAGGAUCAAUACGAGGUAGCACAGGACCAAAACUAUGCCGCACCAAACCAGCAAACUCAGGACGUUCCGACCGGCACCGAACAGCAGUAUUACUCCGAGUAUGGUGACAACACCCGCCUCGAAAACGGCGAAGGAGAAUCCAAUUACAUCUAG